CGCCACAGCGAAGAUGGCGGAUUCGCUGUGUGGUGGGGUGUCAGACGAAAAAGAUCCCGAAAAUGACGAUCACAAAGGGGUAAAAUGUUCAUGGGCUGCUGCAGCCAUAUCGAGGAAGACAGACGUCUCUGGGGCGGCGGCGAAAAUGACGGAAACUCUCGGAUUUUAUGAGAAACCCGCCGUUAAAGACGAGCAGCACGAGCAUUCAGACUCGAAUGACUCUGACGGGCCGUCUCUGCUGAGGUUCAUGUGUGCAGAGCUCACCAGAGGCUACUUCCUGGAGCACAACGAGGCUAAGUACACUGAGCGGAGGGAGAGGGUGUACACCUGCAUGAGGAUCCCCAGAGAGCUGGAGAGGUUGAUGGUCUUCGGGUUCUUCCUGUGUCUGGAUGCCUUUCUGUACGUGUUCACCCUGCUGCCCCUGAGAACUUUACUGGCCUUUCUGAGGUUGUUGACGAUACCCUGCUGUGGCCUUGGCGCUAAUGUUUGCCCUUAUUGCAGACGGAGCAGUGGCUCUCGGUUCCUGCAGCCGGCUCAGGUGUGUGACCUGCUGAAAGGUUUAAUAAUGGUGCUCUGUUACUCCAUGAUGCACUACGUCGACUACGCCAUGAUGUACCACCUGAUCCGUGGCCAGUCUGUCAUCAAACUCUACAUCAUCUACAACAUGCUGGAGGUGGCAGACCGUCUCUUUUCAUCAUUUGGACAAGACAUUCUAGACGCUCUCUACUGGACGGCCACUGAGCCAAAGUCACGGAAAAGAGCCCAUAUUGGAGUCAUUCCUCAUUUCUUCAUGGCCGUCUUCUAUGUCUUUCUGCAUGCCAUCCUCAUCAUGGUCCAGGCCUCUACACUAAAUGUGGCCUUCAACUCGCAUAACAAAUCUCUGCUCACCAUUAUGAUGUCGAACAAUUUUGUGGAAAUCAAGGGAAGUGUGUUCAAGAAGUUUGAGAAGAACAACCUCUUUCAGAUGUCCAACAGUGAUAUCAAGGAGCGGUUCACCAAUUCUGUAUUGCUCCUCAUCGUGUGCCUGAGGAACAUGGAGCAGUUUUCCUGGAACUCAGAUCACCUCUGGGUGCUGCUCCCUGACGUCCUCAUAGUAAUCAUGUCUGAGGUUGCAGUCGACAUCGUCAAGCACGCCUUCAUCACUAAAUUCAAUGACAUCACAGCCGAUGUCUACAGUGAAUAUAAAGCCAGCUUGGCCUUUGAACUAGUCAGCAGUCGACAACAGAAUGCCUACACAGACUACAGCGAUUCGGUGGCAAGAAGGAUGGGCUUCAUUCCUUUACCUCUAGCUGUACUGUUGAUUCGAGUGGUGAUGAGCUCAGUGAAGAUCCAGGGCGCUCUCUCAUCUGUCUGUCUGCUCCUCUUUUAUCUUGGAUUGAUAACAAUGAAAGUGUUGAAUAAUAUAGUUAUUCUGGGCAAGUCCUGUCGCUAUGUGAAGGAAGCUAACAUGGAGGGUAAGCUGUUUGAAAGACCGACUGCUCAAACCUCAAAACAAACUCCCAAGAAAGCCAACCCCACCAAAUCUCCCCCACCCUCAGCUGAGCCUAAAGUGCAGCGACCCUCCACCUCUAUCACCAAGCAGCCGAGCCCAAGAGCGAAGCCUUUUCCCCCGGCUCCACCUCCUGUAACUGAGGUGACCAGUGAUCCGCCCCCAGAUUCUCCUCCUAAACCAGAGGAGAGCAGUAGCGAGACACCACAGUCUACUGAACUUAAACACAGAGCCACCAAAAAAGAUCUGUUGGAGAUUGACCGCUUCACAAUAUGCGGCAACCGAAUCGGGUGAACUUUAACCCCAUCACCAUAGUAACUGCUCAGGAACGAAAGUGGAGAAGGCUCUGAGUCUGACAUAAUUGACUUUCGAGUGAGUUCUUCAGAGGUUGCUACUAUGUAUCUCUAACUGGAAAAUUACUCGAUUUGCCGUCCUCACUUCUUCUAUUCCUGUGGAAUAUCUGUCAAAGGAAGCAGAUCUUGUGCGUAAAGCAUUUUAAAUCAAAACAAAGAGUCUCUUAGCCCUCGGCAGCCGGGCAUAUCAACAGGGCGUAGAAUCUAGUGUUGCUUAGGAUAUGUUUGUCUCGAUUUUAACAGAGACAGAACAUCUUGAACAAUAAUUGAGGCAUGAACUUCUUACAAACUAGACCUUUCCCACUAGAAAUUUGUCUUUGAUUGUAUACUAAAAAGCAUAUAAUGUAUUAUUAGUUUUAAAACACUUACAAAAAAAACAAUUGAGCAAUUUACAACUGAUUCAUAUAAACGAAUAAUGUUGUAUAUAUUCACACACUUUUUACUAAUAUGCUAAACGAGUUUGCCAAUAAUGCUGCCAUUAGACUUGAUCAGUCUGGCAAAUAUUUGUUUUUAGAACUAGUAAAGGUAUUAUUUGUUUCAGUUGAAGUCUGUAUUGUAACAGAUACAGUUUUUUUAAUUUUCUUCUUAAAAGUUUCUUUAAAACUCAUGACCAGAAAGGGAAGGUUUGGCUGAUCUAAUGCCAGACUGCUUGAUAAUUCAGCUCUGUACAAUAUACAUGGUGCCAAUCCAGCUGAUUUAACUUUGCACUGAUUUACCACAUUGUCUUAAGAUGUACAGAAUAUUUUUGUUUUAAGUGUGAUAUUGGCAUAUUUACACCAGCUAUGAAAGCAAAUAACCGUUUCAUAUGAAAUGUAACAAAAUGAGUUACUUUUUUUUUAAUGCACAUUGUUAGUGUAUUUUGAAAUUCAAAUAAUCUGUGACCAAUCCUAUACUGAGACUAUUGUUUGAUAUAAUUAAUAUUUUGUUGUUUUAAAUGUAAUUAAAUUAUUAUCCAGUAAUUAAUAGUUCAAUAUCAUGUUGAUACUGUUUUAUAAUGUUGAUUGGAAGUUGAUUGCAGUGAGGAAAGUUGAAUGUCAAUCUAAGUCUGUUCAGCCUAUGUCUAGAAUUUACCUCCAGUACAGAGUAUGAGGUGUAAAGGUACCAAAUGCCAAGGGACUUGAAAAAAUGGAUAUUCCAUCAUUCUCUUUUGACUGAAAUGUUUUUUGAGAAUACCUUAAUUAGAAGUGUUCCUGCCAUGUUUUGAAAUAUGCAUAGUUUGCAUUUCAGUUUUUUAUUUUAUUAUCAUUGUAAAAAUCUAAUGACUAUUUUUGGAGAGAUUCUGAACAGGGUUGCACAGGUUGUUGUCCUCACGGUGUGUUCUCCUUUUUUGUUUUUAAAAUAUACCAUAAUGUUACAAGUAGGUUCAUACGUAAAUGUUGAAGACUAAACCAUUUGUUUUUAUGUAAUGCCAUCCCUGUUUUGGG